AUCACACGGGAGUCUAUCCUAGGCUAGCCUAUGGGGUUAAGAAGACUGUAGACAGAGGGAGAUGGCGGCGUGUGACUGAUUAAUCGGUUAAUAACAUACAACAAACUUUCACUUUGUUUUCACAUAUCAUCAGUGGGAAAACUUUUACGCUGUUACACGCAAACUGUUUGGGGUGCACGUACACACAAGUGCAGCACCCUGGGAGUGGCCCUUGCCACAUGACGGGAGGGAGUGGGCACGGCGCACAACAAUAGAACCAGUAGCAGUAACAGAGCGGCCCGGGACACCAGCCUCAGAUAUGGCCGAUGAUGUUAAUAAGGAGCUGCACCCAUGCAGCCAACAGCACGGUCACCUCCCGGAUCCCCGGCCCAGCUCUCCCACCCAGCACGACAUCACGGACACUCCCGCAGCUUCCCGGCAUCCGCCCUCCCGCUGUCCGCCCGGUCUGUUACCGCUCCCUCCGGGGCUGCUGCAGCUGCGCUUUGAUCGCAACAUCAAGCAGGCAUUCUACAACACAGGUGCGCUGCUGUUCGCCGCCGGCUGCUGCGCGGCCUCGGUCCUGGUCUACUUUAUCCUCGAGGCCUUCCUACGGCCGCUGCUUUGGGCUGCGCUGUGCGGAACCUUCCUUCACCCCUUCAAACACUCGCUAACUGCCGUAUGCCGACGCUGGCUGUGCGGGCUUCAGCACCGGGGCUCUCCCCUGGCCCUUGCCGCGCUCUUGCUGCCGGUCAGCUUUGCAAACCACAGCCUCGAGGCCCUGGGAGGAAUGGUGUCUCGCAGGCUGCGUGUCCUGGUGCCUGUGCUGGCCGGAGCACCUCUCGUAUACCUGCUGUACUGCGCAGGUAGCUACUUGGGGGUCCGGGAGCUGCUUGGACACCUAUGCUGCCUGAUCUGCGGGGCCCUGGACUACUUCAGCACGCUGUGGGUUUGGACAUUGGUCAUUGGGUAUGCCCUAGCAGUCUCAUUCAAGUGGAAUGAAGAUACUCAGCGCUACCUUACUGCCAUUUCAAUUCCUGUAUGGUUCAUACUACUGUUCCACUUGGCAUCUAUUGCUGGAUCUUGGAAAAUUCCAGUGUUCUUCCUUAUUGUAUUCCUGAUGACAGUGGGUACCCUGCAUGAGAAACAGACUACACAAGGUUCAUCAGCUACAGUGCUCCCUGGGCCAAUGCUAACCAUUGCAGCGUCAACUAUUGCUAUGGCAAUAUCCAUUACUGGUUUUGAGGAGCACCACGAAGAGAUGGCUACAGCACAGCCCACAGCUGAAGCAGUUACAAAUGACACUCCUACCACUCCACUUUCAUUGUCGUUUGGUAGGUCAAAAAGUGACAUUGGAGCUUUUCUGAAAAAGAAGAAAACCAGCGACAUCUACUUUGUACUACUUAUGUGGGCUAUUGUUAUUGUACAGCUAUGGCUUCAUUUAUGGAUCAUACAGCUUCUGCCAGUACCUAUUGCAGUUUUCGCAGUUAAGAAAUUGGUGAUCCACUUUGGAGUAAUUGAUUUCUUGGCAAAUCGUUUUGGCUGUUGGUGGGAAGUAAUAGAAGGUUUUCUGACAGAACGUCAGGAGGCAUUGGCACCUAGACCCAUUCGAGGCCUGGGAAGGUUCAUCCUUAAAGUCGACGGUAAGAUGAUUAUUUGGUUAGAGAAAGCUCUUGACAAGAUUAUAAGCAUAUUCAUAAUUUUUCUGCUGGUAAUCGGGACCCUGCUGUUAACCUUACUCUUAACAGCAAAGGUACAUGAAGAAAGUGUGCAUAUUAUUGCAGUGACCAGCAACUUAAUAAACGAGACUGUUUCCAAUCAUCCUGAAUGGGCAAAUUGGCUUCCUGAAGCACAAGUUAUCCAGAAUGCACUGAACUCUGCUGCUAACAAUGUGUAUCAGUAUGGAAGAGAAUGGAUCACCAACAAGCUACACAAGGUACUAGGUGAAAAAGUAAACAACACAGCUAUAAUUGAGAAGCAAGUUCUAGAGCUCUGGGACAGGCUAUACCAUUCUUGGGUUAUUAAGAAUGUGACAAAUUCUGGCAGAUACAAGGGUCACAAGAUGCAAAUACAACGUCAGAACAGUUGGUUAGGAGACGUUUUGGAUUGGCAAGAUAUUGCUUCGUUUGUUCAGGAGAACAUUGCAACAUUUCUCUCGAUAUUGGAGUCUCUGUGGAUUGUGAUGAGUCAUAAUUUGAGUUUACUUUUUACUACUGUGACAACCCUCUUUACGGUCAUCGUCUAUAGUGGCACGGCGCUUCUAAAUUUUGUGUUAUCAUUGGUUAUUUUCCUGACGACAUUGUUCUACCUCCUGAGCUCCAGUGAUGAGUACUACAAACCAGUAAAAUGGGUUAUAAGUCUCACACCACUCUCUCAGCCUGGCCCAUCUUCCAAUAUAAUUGGACAGUCGGUAGAAGAAGCCAUAAGGGGUGUAUUUGAUGCUUCCCUAAAAAUGGCUUGCUUCUAUGGAUUAUAUACAUGGCUUACUCAUACAGUCUUCGGGAUAAACAUUGUGUUUAUACCAUCUGCUCUUGCAGCAAUUCUUGGAGCAGUGCCAUUUCUGGGGACAUAUUGGGCUGCAAUACCUGCUGUUCUGGACCUAUGGUUUUCCCAAGGUGCAAGUUGCAAAGCUGUGUUACUUCUUCUGUGUCAUCUGUUGCCAACUUACUGUGUAGACACAGCAAUCUACUCUGAUAUAUCCGGUGGUAGUCAUCCUUAUUUGACGGGCCUGGCAGUGGCAGGAGGUGCCUACUACCUGGGAUUGGAAGGUGCAAUUAUUGGACCCAUUCUACUUUGUAUACUGGUUGUUGCUGCUAAUAUUUACAGUGCAAUGCUAGCGAGUCCAACUUCUGCAGUACCAACUCCAUCAACAACUCCUUGGCCAGUGCAAAUUCAACAGCAAUUCAAGGAAAAUCUUCAAGAAAAAAAGCACACAGCUUCAUGAUAAUAGACUUCAGAACGUAAUCUUCGUGAACCUUAAAAGCAGUGGCCUUUUUUGUGUACCUUUUAUUGAUCUUUACCCAAGUGAAUAAGCACUGCAGCCUUCAAAGGAGGGACCCCUUUGUGUAUAAAAUAGCUUUAUAAAGUGGAUUGAACACAGUUAACAUAAAUUUUCUAUCUUUCUCUAUUGACUUUGGUGAUAAAAUGAAGUAAAACAUCUGCAAGCCUUACACCUAAAAA